AUCAGCAAUUUAUAGCAUCUGUGUAUAGCGUUCGCGCCAGCGCGCCGGAGACAGCGUGCGCCGAGUUAAGCGCCAGCAUUUUAGCGCGGUAUAAAAAAGCACAUCGCUUCGCGCAACAAGCGACCGGGAGACGCUCUCCGAGUAAACGCAGUAUUAGCUCGGUAUAACAGCCGUAUAUAAACAACCAUGUCGACGGCCCUACACCAGCUCACCAUCAGCGAGAUCUCAUGUCGCAAUUUAAGGAGCGCCGACAUGUUCGGCAAGAACGACGUCUACGUCGUCUUCCGCGUGGGCACGAAAAAAGUGAAGACGCACCACAUAAAAAAUGCGGGCAAGCACGCGUCCUUCGACGAGAUCCUCACGAUGAACCUCGAGGAUCACGACCUCGAGCACGGUAUUGAUGUCGGGGCCUACGACUACGACGUGGGGUCGUCGGACGAUUUGUUGGGCCAGGGCAAGCUCGUGAACUUGUUGGCUCUCAAGCGCACGCCGAACCAGCCGCGCCAGUUCAAGGAGCCGUUCAAGUACAAGGGCAAAGGUCGGGGCGAGUUCUCGUGCGUGCUCACGUUGAGGGUGGGCGGCGUGGCCGGGACGUCGCCGCUGGGGGCGGCCGGCGGCAAGGUGUUUGCGCAGGCGAUGGGGACGCCAGCGGCGCCGCCGCCGCCCGCGUACGUCGCGCCGCCCGCGCCGCCGCCCGUGCCCGCGGCGCCGCCCGCGCCGCCGCCGGUCCAGCCCGGGUUCAUGGUCGUCACGUGCCCGGCGAACGCGCGCGGCGGGCUCCAGGUCGUCGUCCAGGCGCCGGACGGCCAGCAGCUCCAGGUCCAGAUUCCGCCAGGCGUCGGGCCCGGCGGCCAAUUCCGCGUGCCCCUGCCGCCGCCGCGCGCCCCGCAGCCCCAGGCCGUGGCCUACGCCCAGCCGCAAAUGGUUCAGCCGCAGCCGGUCCAGUACGCGCCGCAGCCGGUCUACGCGGCGCAACCGGCCUACGCGCCGCAACCGGGUUACGCACCGCAGAUGGGCCAGGCCGUCGCACCGCAGCCGGUCUACACGCCGCAGAUGGGCCAGCCGCAGUACGGCCAGCCGCAGAUGGGCCAGCCCUACUACCGCUGAGCGACGCGACCCUCGCUAGUAAGGGAAGUUUUGAAGU